AUGUCGUCCCACAAAGCAACAGAUGCAGAAACAUCAUCGCCGUCCGCAUCCACCGCAAAAGAGCUGGUCCAGGGGCUGAUGCACCUAAUCAUGGAAACCUCACGAGAAAUGGCGACGGCUCCGGUACGGUGUGACGAUGACGAAACGGAUAAUGAAAAGCAUGCAGACCGGAUUCAGGACCUGGACAACAGACUCGUCUCCCAAGCGCUCGAGGUCUGGCUCGCGCACAACGGCAACAUUGAUCUGCGGACCUUUUUCCCGGCACAAUACAAAGAAAGUGAUUCCGCAACUGAACACCAUCUGGACGCAAACACCCAGCCCACAAAAGGCCACCCCAAAGCCCCAGCCGAACAACCCACGGACACCACCGCCUCCUCCAUCAUCGGCAACCCGUCGCUCUUCCCGCGCACUAACCAGCUCGUCUACGAAACUACCUCCCUCUACACUUUCUACGGCUGGCUCUCCAAAACCCUGCCCCGCCUCCCGCCCGAGCUCGUCCUCCUCGUCGCGCACGCCUCCCUCCUCGACGGCACCACCUCUUCAAGCAGCAGCAGCGCCUCCAUCCCCGCCAUCCCGUCCCUCUUCUCCUACUACCUGCCCCACCUCUACCCCUACCCGGGCCCCUGCACCGCGCACAUCCCGAACUGCCGCGACUGCUGCACGCUCGUCAUCGACGACGAAGAUCCAGACCCUCGCCAUCCUCCUCCUCCACCAAACGCAAACCAACCGAGCGCCAGACAAGCCGCCAGAAGGCCGCCGCCGCCAUGCAGCACCAGCGACCCAUCCUCCCCACCGCUCCCCCACCGCAGCCCCUACGCCCCCGUCUCCGCCCCCGCCCUCCGCGGCAUCUGGUCCUACGCCCAAACCGCCAGCACACCCAUCCGCGCCACCAACGCCUUCGCCCCCUGCAGCGCCGCCGCGAGCGAGCCGGAAUGGUUCGCCCCGCCGCCCGCCGCAGGGGCGGUGGGCACCGUCUACGACGACGAGGCGGGCGUGUGGCGGUGCGGGUGCCGGGUCGUGCUGAUGGGGUACGGGAUGGGGCCGCCGCUCCCCGGCGGCGGCGGCGGGGGCCAGCAGUGGUGGACGGACGGCAAGGAGCGGCCGGGGAAGCUGUUGUGGAAUGCGUGGAAGCGCGGGUGGGAGUGCGGGGAGGUGGAGAGGUUUGAUCCGGGGUGUUGUGAGGACCAGUAUGAUAGUGGAGAGGAGAGGGAGUGGGAUGAGAGGCAGGAGAAGGGGAGGGAGGGGAAGAAGAGGGCGGGGAUGAGGUGGGCGGGGAGUUGUGAGAGGUGUCGGAGGCGGAGGGUGGAGGAGGGGGAGGAGGACUGA